AUGAUUAUACUUAAUUCUGGAAAUAAUUUUUGUCAUAAAAAUGUUGAUGUUGUUGUUAUUAUUGGUAGUGGCGGUGUUGCUGUUGUUGCGGUGGUUGUCGUUGUUCCUGUUGUUGUUGUUGUUAUUGUUGUGGUUGGUGUUGUUGUUACAAUUGUUGUUAUUUGCUAUUUUGUUACUGCUUUUGUUGUUGUUGCCGUUGUUAUUGUUGUUGUUGUUGGUGUUGUCGUAGAUGCUUUUAUUACUGCUAUUGUUGUUGUUGAUGCUACUCUUUGCAUUGUUGUUGUUGCUACUGUUGCUGUUGUUAUUGCUAUUGAUGCUACUUUUGUUGUUGUUGUUUUUUUUGUUGUUGCUGCUGUGGCUACUGAUGUUGUUGCUGUUGCUUUUGAUAUUGUUGUUCUUGCUGUUGUUGCAUCUGUUGCUAUUAUUGCUAUUACUUUUGCUACUGUUUUUGUUCCUGUUGCUCUUGUUGUAGUUGCUGCGACUACUGUUGAUGUUGUUGUUCUUGUUUUGCUGCUGUUGUUGCUGCUAUCGUAG